AUGGCUUCUUCAUUCUUCUCUUCAAUUCUUAUGUCCCUUUUCUUGUCCUACCUUUUCCUCGUCCCACCGGCCAACGCUGCCACCACCAACAGCCCUUCAAGCCGUGGUGGCCGAUUGCUUAAAAUUGCUUGCACCGUUGAUGGAGUCGCAGAUCCAAAGACUUGGGACUACAACUUGUGCAUUAAAGUUCUUAAAUCCAACCCUAAAGUUGCAUUCUCACCAAAUCUUCCCACCCUAGCAAUUAACAUAAUCAAGUUUGGAAUUUCCAACAUAACAAAUACACACACGUACAUACAAAAAACUCUGAAGAGAAAAAACGUGGGAUCUGCCCUUCGAACAGCUCUUAAAGCAUGUGAUGAGUCAUAUGAAUUCAUUCUUAAAUCAUUCCAAAGUGCCUUGAGAGAAAUUGAGGAUGACAAGGAAUAUGAAACGGCUACAUAUGAUCUUUUGUUAGCUCGUACAGAUAAUCUUGACGGCUGUGAAAAAGCAUUAGCUUCCAAGAAAGUUGUAGAUUCAUCCAUUUCAAGUGGGAAUAAAUUUGUGUUCUUGUUUUCUACUGCUGCAGAUGCUGUUUGCACUCGUCUUUGA